AACCGGGAUCCAGUUGCCUUUUCUCUAGAAAUGCCUCAGACCCUUGUUGGCCACCGUCCUGGGGUGCUGAGGGACGCGGGCGAAGUUUAGCGAAGUAAGUUCAGGCGCCGACCGGUCGCGGUGGUGUGUGGCGAAAAUCAGGUGCUGGCUCCCCAGGACAAGAGGAAUCAAGGGGAAAAGGAGGAAAGAUUCCAAGACUUAGGUAACAUCAUUUCUGGGGAAACCCUUGAUUGGAGACUGAGACUUUUGAACAGAAAUUUGGAGCUGAUCCAGAAGAGCUAAAGACAGAGCAUCCAAGUUAGCAGCUAUUUCCCAAAAUCAGAAGAAGAUGAUCCAAGCCCAGGCAUUGACUGUGAGGAGAAAACAGACCAGUUCCUUGAGGGAUGUUAAUGUUUCAUGGCACAUAGGUCUGAAGUGCACAUAGGUCUUUGAUGGUUCUUCAGAGAGAUGUUGUGGAAUCCCUGACAUUUGAUGAUGUGGCUGUGGACUUCACCUGGGAGGAGUGGCAGCUCUUGGCCCCCGCUCAGAAGGACUUGUACCGGGACAUGAUGUUGGAAAAUUAUAGGAACCUGGUGUCAGUGGGGUGUCAAACCAGCAAACCAGAUGCACUCUCCAAGUUGGAACGAGGAGAAGAACUUUGGAUGAUAGAAGAUGAAAUCCACAGCCGAAUCUGCCCAGAAAUCAGGAAAGUUGAUGAUCCUCUGCAGUGUCACUUGCAAAAUCGAAGCAUUCAGAAGAGUGUGGAACAAUGCUGUGAACAUAAUACAUUUGCAAAUAUUCUUAAUCAGAGUGAAAGUCACUUCCUGUUAAAGCAAAAUUAUGAUAUGUUUGACUUAUUUGAAAAACCUUUAAAAUCAAAUUUAAGUUUUGAAAGCCAGAGUAUAAACUGUAACGCAAAGAACUCUACUGAGUUUAAUGAAGAUGGGAAAUCCCUUCUGCAUACUAAUCAUGAACAAUUUUGUAGUGUAAUAAAAUUUCCUGUAAGUGUAAAACCCACCAGCAGUAAUUCCCAGGUCAUUAAGCAGCAGAGAACUACAAACAUGCAGAAAGCCCAUGUAUGCUGUGAAUGUAGGAAAGUCUUUGUCAAGGUGUCUCAGCUCAUUGAUCAUCAGAGAGUUCAUACUAGAGAGAAACCUCAUGGAUGCAGUCUGUGUGGGAAGGCAUUCUCUAGAAAAUCCAGGCUAACUGAACAUCAGAGAAUUCAUACAGUACUGAAACAUUAUGAAUGUACUGAAUGUGACAAAACAUUCCUCAAGAAAUCACAGUUCAAUAUACACCAGAAAACGCAUAUGGGACAGAAGCCUUAUACAUGUAAUGAAUGUGGGAAAGCGUUCAUCAAGAAGUGUCGGCUUAUUUAUCAUCAGCGAACUCAUACAGGAGAGAAGCCCCAUGGAUGCAGUCUAUGUGAGAAAGCCUUCUCUACAAAGUUUAGUCUCACUACACAUCAGAAAACUCAUACAGGAGAGAAACCUUAUAUAUGCAGUGAAUGUGGAAAAGGCUUCAUUGAGAAGAGGCGUCUUAUUGCACAUCAUCGAACUCAUACUGGUGAGAAACCUUUUAUAUGCAAUGAGUGUGGGAAAGGUUUCACCUUGAAGAACAGUCUUAUCACACAUCAGCAAACUCAUACAGAACAGAAAUUGUAUACAUGCAGUGAAUGUGGAAAAGGCUUUUCAAUGAAGCACUGUCUCAUCGUACAUCAGCGAACUCAUACAGGAGAGAAACCCUACACAUGCAGUGAAUGUGGAAAAGGCUUCACCUUGAAGAGUCCUCUUAUCAGACAUCAGCGAACCCAUACAGGAGAGAAACCCUAUGUAUGUAGUGUAUGUGGAAAAGGCUUUACCGUGAAGAGUGAUCUCAUUGUACAUCAGCGAACUCAUACUGCAGAGAAGCCAUAUAUAUGCAAUGAUUGUGGGAAAGGCUUCACUGUGAAGAGCCGUCUGAUUGUACAUCAACGCACUCAUACAGGAGAGAAACCUUAUGUAUGCAGUGAAUGUGGAAAAGGCUUUCCAGCAAAAAUACGGCUGAUUGGACAUCAGCGAACUCAUACUGGAGAGAAGCCCUAUAUAUGCAGUGAAUGUGGAAAAGGCUUCACAGAGAAGAGUCAUCUCAAUGUACAUAGGCGCACUCAUACAGGAGAGAAACCCUAUAUAUGUAACGAAUGUGGCAAAGGCUUAACUGGAAAGAGCAUGCUCAUUGCACAUUUGCGAACUCAUACUGGGGAGAAACCGUAUAUAUGCAAUGAAUGUGGAAAGGGCUUCACCAUGAAGAGUACUCUAGGUAUACAUCAGCAAACUCAUUCUGGGGAGAAACCAUACAAAUGCAAUGAAUGUGAUAAAGCCUUCAGGAAGAAGACCUGCCUCAUACAACAUCAGAGAUUUCACACAGGAAAAACUUCCUUUGCAUGUACUGAAUGUGGAAAAUUUUCUUUGCGUAAAAAUGAUCUCAUUACCCAUCAGAGAAUUCACACAGGAGAGAAACCGUAUGAAUGCAGUGAAUGUGGGAAAGCCUUCACUACAAAGUCAGGGCUCAAUGUUCAUCAAAGAAAACAUACAGGAGAGAGGCCCUAUGGAUGCAGUGAUUGUGGGAAAACUUUUGCCCACUUGUCAAUCCUUGUUAAACAUAAGAGAAUUCACAGAUAGUCACUUUCGGAUAACCUGUUGCCAGUUGUAGUCCCUCAAGAUAAUAGUAUGUAAUGAAGAAUAACAAUGCAAAGAAUAGUAUUAUCUUUAGUGAUCAAUUGUGUCAUAUUUUAUGUUGAUGAAAAAAUUUACAAAACAACUCACAGUCAGCCUUGAUGAAAAUAUUUUAGGACAUUAUACAUCUAAAAAGUGUAGACUGAAAUAGAUUCUAUGAAUGUGACAGACUAGGAAAGCCGUCAGUGGGAAUUAGACGCUAUCAUGUGAUCAUCACAGAUAAUGAAUAUUUUUUUUAAAAUAUUUUAUUUAUUUAUUUGACAGAGAUAGCUAGAGCAGGAACACAAG